GGGCUAGAGGUACUCAGGGGGGCGGCAGGGGCGUGGUCUGUGAGAGCUGGCGGGGUCACGGCCUAAGAGAAGAGAGCCUGGGGUGGUUUUCAUAGAGUGGCAGACGUGACUCUCGCCCCCCAAGACAAGGGUGCAAAACACCAUAAAGGUAGAUUUUGGAAGGUCCGGCUCUCAGGCAGAUGGGAAAUAGGGUGUAAUUUCAAAGGAAGUUGACACCUCAAUCCCUGAGAGUGUUAUUUCUCUGAUCUCCAAGUAGUGGGCCCUCAAUUUGGGGUUAGGGCAUCUGCUUUGGAUGGCGUUUCACUUCUCACCUUGGAUAAUCGUUUCAUCUUUCCCAGCCAGUUCCCUCACCCAUCCCAGUGUUGUGCAGUUCCCUAGAAGACCUGCACGACGUGUUCUCACAUUGUAACCUCUAUGAAAUGUUACCAUUUCUCUCUUUUCUUUCCCCAGAGACCCCCCCGGCCGCCCACCUCCUUCCUGAUCCUGUGGCUGGGGGGGUGUCCCCUCUCUCCACACCAUGGAGCCGUCUCCUCUGUCGCCCAGUGGGCCGGCCCUCCCCCUGCCUCUGUCGCUGGCUCCACCCCCACUGCCCCUGCCCGCGGCCGCCGUGGUCCAUGUGUCCUUCCCCGAAGUGACCAGUGCCCUUCUGGAGUCUCUUAAUCAGCAGCGGCUGCAGGGCCAGCUCUGUGAUGUGUCCAUCCGGGUGCAAGGCCGGGAGUUUCGGGCCCAUCGGGCCGUCCUGGCCGCCUCCUCUCCUUACUUCCAUGACCAGGUCCUACUCAAGGGCAUGACCUCCAUCUCGCUGCCCAGCGUCAUGGACCCCGGCGCCUUCGAGACCGUCCUGGCCUCUGCUUACACGGGCCGCCUCAGCAUGGCAGCCGCCGACAUUGUCAACUUCCUCACGGUGGGCGUUCCCGGGGCCGGGGCCCCCUCAGGGAGUGGAGCCACUGUGGCCCCUGCCACCAUGAGCUCCUCUCGCCCCCAUACCUCCAGCCGGGCCAGUGAGAAUCAGUCACCCAGCAGCAGCAACUACUUCAGUCCCCGGGAGUCCACCGACUUCUCUUCCUCCCAAGAGGCGUUUGCGGCCUCUGGGGUGGGCAGUGGGGAGCGGCGCGGAGGCCCUGUGUGCCCGGCCCCGGUGGUGGGCAGCGGGGGUGCCACGUCCGGGAAGCUCAUGCGCGACCGGCACGUGAACAUGCACCUCAACCUGCGGCCCUUCGACUACUCACACCGGCGCGGCGCCCCCGGAGGGGCGGCCGGCGGGGACGGCAAUAAGAUCUUCCUGUGCCACUGCGGGAAGGCCUUCUCGCACAAGAGCAUGCGCGACCGGCACGUGAACAUGCACCUCAACCUGCGGCCCUUCGACUGCCCGGUGUGCAACAAGAAGUUUAAGAUGAAGCACCACCUGACGGAGCACAUGAAGACUCACACCGGCCUCAAGCCCUACGAGUGCAGCGUCUGCGCCAAGAAGUUCAUGUGGCGGGACAGCUUCAUGCGGCACCGGGGACACUGCGAGCGCCGACACCGCAUGGGCGGGGACACAGGGUGGAGAUGGGCUUCGGCGGCGGCGGCGGCGGCGGCGGCGGCGCCAACUGAUGGGGCUGGCAACCGAGGUCGCUUUGUGGGCACGACCCAGGGAUUCCGUGGUCCCCGAGAGACCGCCCCCCACGCUGUCUUCCCUUAA